AUGCGACCUGGAAUAUCACUGUUCAAUGGCUGGCCGGAGACAUUGCAUGUCGGACACUCGUUCCUGAAACUAGUGGCCAUGUAUGCCGCAGCUUUCCUGCCUGUGGUCACUGGGCUCGACCGCCAGGCAGCUGUACUCCACCCGUUUGGUCCGCGCUCGGCUGGAAGGAAGCUGCUUGGGGUAGCCUGGGGACUCAGCCUCCUGCUCGCCUCACCCCAGGCUCUACCAUUAACUAGCUGGAUAACUGGCUAA